AUGGCUGGGAGUGUCCCAUUCCUUAAAUCUGUCAAUACCGAUCGAGUUUGGGAUGAUGAGAAAGAUAAUUCUCCCGAUAGGAACAGGUAUUGGUUUGCUCGAAAUUGGAAAGAAAUAACCCUCAUCAUCUCAAUCACCUCGACAUUUAUUCUCUCCCUUUUGCAGCUUUGCUCCUAUGUUCAUAUUGCCGGUGGCAGCAAUCUAAAUUGCAAGACUAGUCUACUCAGUCCAGAAAUUGAUAUCGAGCGAUGGAUUCCUAACCGUUGGGUAUCUGACUAUAGCUCUCUAGAUACCUCCGGAAUGGCUGAAGUCAACAGAAAUUGGGAUGCCAUUCGGGCGGCCCAUGGAAUCGUUGCAGUAGAUCACCAGUGGGCGGCGGAGAAGGGACUGCCUCUGGCCGACAGUCUUCCCAACGACAAUACCAAGGGAGUAUAUACACUAGAAGGCUAUCGUUCUCUUCACUGCUUGGUUGUAGUACGACGCACAAUGUUUCAGCUGGCUUGA